AAGAACAUGAAGCUAGAUUUACGAACCUAAAACAGAAAGAUAAAGAAAAGGCAACCCUUAUUGCUAAAUUAGAUUAUGAUAUUAAGAAAAUCAAACAAUCUUUAGCUAAGGAAUCUGAUCAAAUUAAUGUAUUGGAGGUCUUGCCUCCAAAGGAAGCAACUGCAUCUAUCUUAUUAACCCAUAUUUCUAACACUUCUGAUAAUUCCAAAGAAGAGGCGUGGUUUAAUGAAGAUAUGUUUUUCAAUGAG